UUCCUGGAGGGGUCGCUGUUGUCUCCGCUUGCUCUGCGGUGACGUCACACAGAGGUCGGACACCCCCUCUCUGAAUAUGGCUGCUGUUUACAGUGUGCGCGCUGGUUCCGCUGGCGGUGCCGCCGGGGUUGCCUUCCUGAUCGAAAACGGGGGAAGCCCUUCUCAAAAUGACGAGCGGCUCAGCCGUGUGGGCAGCGGCCAAGCCGGGCUCGACCUGGGUGCCGCGGGUCAGCCAGCGGACGAGGCCAGCCGGACAAUGCCGACGGAGGAGGCGAUGCAAACAAAAGCGAAGCAGCGUGAGGACGGGCUGCACACAAAGUUGUGGGAAGUGUGGGAGAGCGCCGGGGAGACCGUCCCGUCCGGAGACUCCGCCAAGGACGAGAAGGCCGCCCCUCCGUUCCGUCUGCGUCGCAAGCAGCUCCUGAUCACCUACUCCGGGGAGGACAUCGGAGAGGAGGUGCUGCACGGGGGAGAGGAGACGGAGUCGGGAUCGGAGUCCGAGGGGGGGGCGGCGACACCAAGGGGAGGGGGAGGGGGCGGCAGUGUCUCGCGGUCUUCAUCGCUGUCCGAUGGGGAGGAGGAGGAGGAGGAGGAGGAGGGGAGGAGCUGGAAUCUGAGGCAGAGGAAGGAAUGCCCGCGCUGCGGCGAGCGUUUCAACGGGAUUUGCAGCUGCAGCCGGCACCAGAAACCGCCCACCAGAGGAGGCAGCGAGAGGGAGAGGGACGAGAACCACCACAGCCCUCGGCCUGCUGGGUACGGCUUCCUGGGGAGGGGGGAGUCCCGUUCCAGGCUGGACCCCCCCGAACCGGGAGACCACCUGAACAUCACCGCGGAGGACCCCGGCGCGGACCCCCUGGAGUGUCCGGAGUGCGGGAUGUGUUUCUCGGACGGCGCUGAGUUCCGCACCCACCGGCAGUACCACACGGACUUCGAGCCCAUGGACGAGGGGGGCGCCGAUCUCCACGGCGACGAGAGCGCGUUCGGACCCCCGUGGAAGAGGCUGCAGAGGCAGCACGAGGAGCCCCGCUUCCCCGGCGCCUACCCUUUCGAAUGCAAGCACUGCAGCAAAGGGUUCAAGCACCACACCUCCCUGCAGAAACACAUGUACCUCCACAGCGGCGCCAGGCCCUUCCAGUGCCCCCAGUGCCCGGACGCCUUCGCCUUCGAGCCCAGGCUGCGCAGCCACCUCAAGCUGCACCAACUGAAGCCACACCGCUGCCCGCAGUGCCGCAAGGGGUACCAGGAGGAGAGGCAGCUGCGGGAGCACCUGGCCUCGCACCAGCGCAGCAAGCCCUACCCCUGCCCGCUGUGCCCCAAGACCUACCGCACAGCGGCCGAGCUCAAGGACCACAGCAACACGCACACCGGGGAGCGCCCCUACGCCUGCCCGCACUGCCAGAAGAGGUUCGCACACAGGGGGGGCCUGAUCGUGCACAGCAAGACGCACAGCGGGGGCAGGAAGGGCCGGCGCGCGCUGGACAGGGGGAGGCCCCCCUCCCCGCCACCGCCCUCCUCCUCCUCCUCCCAGUCCAGACGGGGACAGGGAGAGGGGAGCGGGCAGGCUGGGCUCCGGUGUUUGGACUGUGGGGUUUUUUUCAGGCGGGAGUCGGAGCUUCACGAACAUUACAUGCAGCACGCCCGGGGAGAGCUGUAGAACUGAGACACACACUGACACACACACUGACACACACACACACACACACACACACACGCUGACACACACACUGACACACUCACACGCUGACACACACACUGACACACACACACUCAGACAUACACACACACACACACACACUGACACACAGUCAUAGACACACACACACUCAGACAUAUACACAGACACACACACACUGAGACACACACUGACAGGAGAGCAGUGAAGGUGGUACUGAUCCCAAUAGAGUAGUCACUUUGGGUUUUUUAUUUUUUUUAAAAUAUUUAACUCUAGCCAAGUUUCUAACCAAGAAGUAUUUAUUUUAUUUUUUACAAUUUUUAGCUCUUCUGUAAAAUUUACUUUUUUUUUUUUUUUUUAAAGUGUGUUGGUGUGACGGCCCGAGACCCUGAUGAGAGACGGCUGGAUUUUAUUACAGCAUCCAUGUGUCACCUCCCAGCCCAGUCCCCUACCCCC